AUGUCCUCCUCCAUUGUCCCCAAACACAUCUUUCCUGCUACCCACCCUCCACUCAUAACAGCUCACUCUGCUCCUUUGGAGAUCAUGCGGGAUCCGUCGGUCUUGGCUCCAUCACCUGCAACAACAUCAACGGCGUCACCUUUGCCUCACCCGGCGCCAUCUCUCUCUGUCUCACCAGCAUCGCCUAGUCCUGCCUCGUCGCCUGCGUCUGAUCACGCGUUGCCACCCACACCAACAUUACCUUCACUUAUGCCAUCACCGUCAAGUCCACGCACUCACAGUCCACCUUCGGAGACCCACACACCAAGCUCAAGUUCUGAACCUCAGUCCAUUCCUACGUCUCCUUCAUCCUCCAAAACAAGCAUUGCUUCUAGUCAAGCAUCCAAACCUGAUCCUCUUGUCAAUCAACACCUGAUGCAAACUCGCUCCAAAAAUCAAUUGUUAAGCCAAAUCCCCGCUAUGGUCUCUCUGCCAUUCUUGCCACUGCCGGCGACAAUGAACCAUCAACUAUCCUUCAAGCGCUUAAACAUCGAAAAUGGUGAGCUGCCAUGUCCACCGAGUUCGAUGCUCAAGUCCGCUAUCAUACUUGGGAUCCUGUUUCUCCUCCUGACAACACCAACAUCAUUGACUGCAAAUGGGUGUUUCGUUUAA